AUGUCAGGCGAAGCAGGGAAACGUCCCCCCCCUCCUUCUCCCCUGGAACGAAGCAACAGCGUGGGGCAGAUACAAGCCAAGAGGCCUGCGUCGGGAGCAGCUCCUCCUGCUUCGGGGAACGCCGUGACGGUAGCAGCGCUAGCAGCUCAGAUGCAGGACGCAAAGAGAACGAGAGAUCAUCAGAACCAGAGGCAGACUGCGAUGCAAGCGAUGAAUGCCAAGAAAUGCACGCUCUAUGAAAUGUACAACUUCAAUGGGUUUGAUAAUGUACAGAUUGUUCCUUGCUUGCCAUCAGCGAAGCCCAAAGAGCAAGUCCAGAAAUGA